AUAAAACUGGCAAGGGCAAUCUAGCAAUCAAGCCAGCCGCAGGAAGUAUGGCAUGGGUCUGUUUACUGUUUACAUCGUGAUGUGCCUGUGCUAAAGGUUCAAUUAUUCAGUCAAUUCAGUGUUACUGUAGUACAUGAUAUAAUAAAUAUAAUAUCUUCCUUUGUAUUAUCUCGGUUCAUUCUGCGGGAAACCGAAAGUGACAGCAUGCCGAAAGUUAGCAAGAGAUGUAGUUCUGGUCAAGACAAACAAAACAGAGACAGGCCUGUUCAUCCUUACAGCAGGAAAGCUCUAAAAAUAUCCAAGCAAAUUGUACAUGACAAGAAAGUAGAGUCUUCGAAGUCGGCAACGUCAGUGAAAUUGGAACAUUUGGCGGAGAAAUUGCGGUGGUUUCAGGAUAACUUGGAUGACAGGCAUCUGUACACAAAGCAAGACAUGAUUGACCUUGUCACAGAGUACCGCAACCGAUUCAGUGACGAGCUGGACCAGAUAAGACUUGUCCAAAGUGUUGGGAACCGACAAGGACAGACAAGGCAACAUGCUGCAAGAGAAUCUUCAAUCAAGAUGACAAUAGAAGAUGAAACGCACCAGUUUGAAGGCUCUGGAAUUGAAGUGCCUGAUCUGAUAAACAAGAAACAUUUAGAAAGUUUCAAGAAGUGGGAUGGCGAACCAAAGUAUAUUCAGAACUUGAAAUUAAGGAAAAUUUCUGCUAAUGAUGUGAAGAGAUUAGAGGUCAGUGCCGGAGUUGUGUCAAACGAGGAGCUUGAAGAGAUUAAUGAGGCUUCUUGACCUGUCUUGUACUUGUACCAAAUAUUAAAAGUUGUUGUACAUAC